AUGCCUUCCAUCGCCGACCGCAGCGUUGAACUUGAAUCCAACGCCGUCGGAAUGUCGGAUCUGCCGGAGUUUCUACUCCUCCGAGAAACGAUGAAGCUGAGAUCCAAUUCGUCGCCGAUGAAGCUGAGUCCGAUGAAAUGCAAGCGCAUUGGAAUUUCUUCCGUCGCGAAAUUACGCAACGUUGAGGUCGAAUCGGAGAGGAGCGUGGAGGAGGUAGUCGGAUCCGGCGGUGAUUUGACUCCUCAGAAGCGGAAGUCGAGGUCCGAUUCGUCGUCGCCGAUGAAGUGUAAAUCGGCUCGCCGGAACCUCAGUGCUUGCAGCAGCACUCCUGCAAAUGGAAUUGAGAAGUAUUUCAGUCAGAAAAAGCCUCAAGCCUUUUGCAAACCACCGAUUGUUGCUAAGCCGAAUUGGAAUCCCAGAGAUAAGGAGCAGAUGAGGAUAGUGAAGGAGGCAUUGCACUUGUCAACGGUCCCCUCUACUGUUGCGUGCCGCGAUGUGGAGCAUAAGAGGGUUCUGGAGUUCUGCAAGUCAUGCAUAGAGCAAGAGAAGGCCGGGAGUUUAUAUGUAUGCGGGUGUCCUGGGACCGGAAAGUCCUUGUCCAUGGAGAAAGUGAAACAGCUUUUGGUGAAUUGGGCAGGAGAGGGUGGAUUUCAGGAACCGGAUGUGUUGGAAUUGAACUGUACAUCGCUAACAAAAACUUCUGAUAUUUUCGCUAAGAUACUUGGUAAAUACCAACCUCAAAAGAAAGCUAAUGGCACUACCUCCCUGCAACUUCUUCAGAAAUUAUAUUCUCAAAAGCCUCAGUCAGAUGGGACUAAGAUGAUGUUGAUAAUAACUGAUGAGUUGGAUUACUUAAUCACUAAAGACCGGGCAGUGCUCCAUGACCUUUUCAUGCUCACAACAUACCCAUUCUCAAGAUGUAUACUUUUAGGAGUAGCAAAUGCAAUCGAUUUAGCUGAUCGUUUUGUUCCAAAACUUCAGUCAUUAAAUUGUAAGCCUAUGGUUAUAACUUUUCGGGCAUACUCUAAGGAUCAGAUUCUCAAGAUUCUCCAAGAGAGGCUUAUGGCACUGCCUUACACUGUUUUUCAACCACAUGCAUUGGAACUUUGUGCCAGAAAAGUUGCUGCUGCAUCUGGAGAUAUGAGGAAAGCUCUCUAUAUUUCCAGGAGUGCAAUUGAGAUGCUGGAAGCACUACAACAAAAAACCUCAUUUGCGAGAAACAAAUUCCUCGCUAAAAACAGACAUUUCGUCGCGGAAUUAUCUUCUUAUUACGAUACGAUCUGUCAGGGAUACAUAUUAUUUUAUUCUAAAAAGAGGAUUCUUAUUCAAAACUAG